AUGCGAAUCACAUCGCAUUAUAAACCAAGGGGCACCACUGUUGUAAUUAAUAUUUUUAUGGCUACGAAGCUUUUUGUUGGCGGACUUGCCUGGAAGACAGACAAUGAGUCUCUGCGUUCUCAUUUCGAACAAUUUGGCGAGGUAACCGAUGCCGAGGUGAUUCUUGAUAGAGAUUCAAAUCGCUCGCGUGGAUUUGGGUUCGUUACGUUGAGCAACACUGAUGAGGCUCGUGAUGCCGUUGAGAAAACCAACAACCAAGACCUUGAUGGCCGCAAAAUAAGAGUCGACUUUGCAGGCGAAAGAUCUUCCCGUGGAAAGUCCUUUGGUGGAAGUGGCGGUUCUUUCCGUGAAAGAUCCGACCGAUUUGGUGGUGAGAGAUCAGACAGAUUUAAUGGUGGAGAUCGUCGCCGUCGUGGCGGUGACUAUGAAAGCCGCACCCCGCGAACGCCCAGCGACCAGCCAAGACCCUAUUCUCAUGAAAGAUCUUCUUCAAACGGAGCCGGCCGAUCAUCAUCUUAUGAAGGCCAUGAAAGAUCUUACUAA